CACAUCGCUGAACGGAACUGCUUUUUCGGCCAUUGGAAACAGAAAUGGAUGUCAAACAAAACGGAUAAAUUUACCAUUUGUACUCUGUUCUCUGUGUAUAUGGACUCAAAAGUGCUUGAGAUAGACUUGUUUGUUACUUGACAAGUGGUAUCGACCUGAAAUGUUUUUGUUUGGUGUGAUUUUCGCGAAUUAGUGCCCCAAAAACUGAAGAACAUACAACUCUUGUUUCUUAGACUUCACGGAUCCGUCUACUGCUCAUGAAUGAAAUGUGAAGAAGGUCUUUAGAUUUCAUUAGAGACAAGAGACUUUGCUUCGUUCUGGACCAUAGUGUACUAUGAGCGGCCGACCCAGAACUACUUCAUUCGCUGAAGGUGGAAAAUCAGGCCAAAACGCACCAUUUGGAGGGAUGAGAACCAUCAGCAAAGAUGGAAACAAGGUCACCACUGUGUUUGCCACGGCAGGUCAAGGGCCCGACCGAGCACAGGAGGUCAGCUACACAGAUGCCAAGGUCAUCGGCAACGGCUCGUUUGGCGUGGUCUACCAGGCCAAGCUGACCGAGUCGGGUGAACUAGUCGCCAUCAAGAAAGUCCUACAAGACAAGCGGUUCAAGAACCGGGAAUUACAAAUCAUGCGUAAGCUGGAACACCAAAAUAUAGUCAAACUCAAGUACUUCUUUUACUCCUCGGGGGAGAAGAAAGAUGAAGUGUUUUUGAACCUGGUGUUAGAGUUUGUCCCAGAGACCGUGUACAGAGUAGCCAGACACUACAGUAAAUCAAAACAGACCAUACCUAUACUAUACAUAAAGCUGUACAUGUACCAGCUGUUCCGCAGCCUGGCCUACAUCCACUCGCAAGGCGUCUGCCACCGCGACAUCAAGCCCCAGAACCUGCUGCUUGACCCGGACACUGGGGUGCUCAAACUCUGUGAUUUUGGAAGUGCAAAAGUAUUAGUGAGAGGGGAGCCCAAUGUAUCCUACAUCUGUUCCCGCUACUAUCGAGCUCCCGAGUUAAUAUUUGGUGCCACAGAUUACACUUGUCAAAUAGACGUGUGGUCAGCCGGCUGCGUGCUGGCGGAGUUGCUGCUGGGUCAGCCCAUCUUCCCGGGCGACAGCGGCGUGGACCAGCUGGUGGAGAUCAUCAAGGUCCUGGGCACGCCCACGCGCGAGCAGAUCCGAGAGAUGAACCCCAACUACUCCGAGUUCAAGUUCCCUCAGAUCAAGGCCCACCCCUGGUCAAGGGUGUUCCGGCCGCGCACCCCGUCAGAGGCCAUCCUCCUGGUGAGCCGUCUGCUAGAGUACACCCCGUCGGGCCGCAUCACCCCGCUGGAGGCCUGCUCACACGCUUUCUUUGACGAGCUACGAGAGCCCAGCACACGGUUACCCAACGGCAGGGAGCUCCCGCUCUUGUUUAACUUUACCCAGACAGAACUGGCCAUAGCCCCAGCUCUGAACGGCACCCUCAUCCCGGCCCACGCCCGCAAUGCCUCCGGCGAGGUGGCUGCCACGGGCUCGGGCGCUCAGGCUAACAACUCCAAUGGGGGAGGCGGGGGUGCCCCCAGCAACAACAACAACAACAACAACAGCGCGACAGUGGACGGGGGCAGCAGCAGCAACGCUGGGCCAGGGGCGGCGGCCGGCGGAGACACGGCAUGAGGAUUGGCCCCCCGUCCUUAGCCCGCUGCUUAAUCACCAUAUUAUUAUUAUUAUUAUAGACAAUGAUGAACU